ACAUACCUGAACGUAGUACUAACAGAUUAAAACAGUCGAAAUGUUGUCAUAAAUGAUUUUUUAAUAGGACAAGAUUCAUUUUUUCCCAUUUAUCAACAUCCAAAAUGUGAAAAAUAGUUUGUCCAAAAUUGUGAGCAAUCAAAAAAAUGUAUUUGAACUUUUUGCUAUUCCAUGAAUCACAUUUGAAUGUACGAACCUAAGGAAAGAACACAAUUCAAAUUAUCGUUGUGUGUCACGCACACGCCACAAUUCGUGAAAUGUCACACGUUCGAACUAUCACAGAAACGUCAAAGUAUUUUAUUGUAUAAAAUUCACAAACACCAUAUAAUUCUAUCUAAUCAGGGAAAUAGUAAAAUUUAAUUCUUCUUAAAACCAUUUUUCUUGUUUCUUGAAAAUUUAUCGUCAACUUCAUUCCAUCGACGUUGUGAAUUUACUCGUUAGUUUGCAUUAGUGCGGUGUCAAUUGUGUAUCAUAUGAUUCACAGCAAUACGUAGUUUUUUUUUUGUUUUCAUUUUUGGUUCUGAAAAGUAUAUAAUCAAGAAAAAUGCCGGAUUUAGGAUCGUGUAUUCCAUUUCCAAUCGAUGAGGAAACUUUGAAUGAAGUAAUCUCGAAAGCGAAAGAUUGGGCGAUAAUGCAUGGCGCCGCAAUGAGAUCAAAGGCCGACUUUUCCGAGGAUUCAGUUCAGUUUGCACCAUUUAUACUGUUGCCAACAUUGUUUCCACGUCGUGAAUUCGAGAAGGCUGUACGUUUGCAGCCAAUACUUAAUGAAUUGAUGCAUUGGGUUGCACAUGACACGGAAUUCCUUCGUGAAACGCUUGCAAACACGAUCAAGGUCGAUGAGUUCACUCGAAAUCUGUUCAAUAUCUACGAAAAAAUUCUAGCCGAUGAAUCGGCACAAUCAUUAUCAUUGGGACUAUUGAGAUCGGAUUUGAUGCUAGAGUCACGCUGCACUGAUAACGAUCAUAAACGACCAUAUUGCUGUUGGAAACAAGUUGAAAUCAAUACCAUCGCUUCGGGGUUCGGGCAUUUAGGUCCAAUAAGUAGAGAAAUACAAAGCUUUGUGCUAUCGGAAUUGAAUUAUGCUGAUAAAGUGAAAAACUUGCCAUUGAAUGGUGCCUUAGCUGGAUUGUGCGAAGGAAUGGUUGAAGCUUGGAAUCUUCAGGCCAUUUCAAAUGCUGCAAUCCUAUUUGUUGUCGAAGGUGUUACCUAUAAUAUAUGUGAUCAGAGAUUCCAUGAAUUUUACAUUCGUGAAAAACACCCACACAUAAAAGUCAUUCGGAAAACAUUGACCGAGAUCCAUCAACAGGCUUCAUUGGGACCGAAUAAUGAGCUCAAAGUGAACGAUACCGUCAUAUCAGUAGUAUAUUUCCGUGCCGGAUAUGAACCAGGCCACUAUCCAAGUCAGAAUGAGUGGGACGCACGCUACCUCAUUGAAAAGUCUGUCGCAAUUAAGUGCCCAUCAAUUGGAUAUCAUCUUGCUGGUACAAAAAAAGUUCAACAAGCUCUUGCCAAACCAGGUAUCCUGAAACGUUUCCUAACCGAUGACAUCAAAAUCAAAGCAAUAACCGAUAUAUUCACCGGUCUUUAUUCGAUGGACAGCAACACUGACGAAGGACAAAAUGCAUUGAGAAUGGUUUUAACGGAUCCAGCCAAAUACGUGUUGAAACCGCAACGCGAGGGUGGCGGAAAUAAUGUUUAUGGUCAUGAUAUUCCAGAUGUGUUACGUAAAAUGUCGGAGGUUGAGCGUAGUGCUUGGAUUUUAAUGGAGCGCAUAUUUCCUCCAAUUUCAAAGGGAUACAUGAUUCGGCCGAGUGGACCGUCACCACCACCACUUGUUGAUUUGGUUUCUGAGCUUGGUAUUUUCGGAGCUGUUAUCGGUGACAAGAAAGCAAUCGUGUACAAUGCACACUGUGGCCACAUGUUACGUACAAAAUUAGAAAAAUCGAAUGAAGGCGGUGUUGCGGCUGGUUCUGGGGCACUUGACAGCCCUUAUCUGUACGAUGAUUGAAUCAUCCGCACUGCGUUCCUAUUGUUUUUUUUUUGUUGUUACUCAAAUUGCACCUCUUGAUUGUUUAUUUUUGUUAUGAAGAUGAUAUACACAAAUGUUUAAGAAUAUAUAUUAUGUACAUUCCACAUCAAUAAAAAUGAAAUUCUGACACCUGAAAA